GUGUGAGUGGAUAGGACCAGGUGUGAGGAGAGGUCUUGUAGCCCACUUUCCAGUAUUUACCAUAUACGUCCAGUGUCCAGACUGUGCACGUGUGGUUUCUGCGGCGUGAUGGUGUUCUCAGGCCACCAACUGGUGGUAGUUACGGUGUUGGCAACGAUGGCUGUGGCUACAGAAGACAGUGUGCCACAACACAAAUCCUUACAAGGAGCAGCGGGACGCAGCUCUCCUUAUGGUGACAGGAGUUUAACUGAACAAACUACAGGGUCGGUGAAAGGUCGGUGCAACCAACAGAUGUUAUCAGGGAUGUGCAGGGCAUAUAUACGUCGGUGGUACUACGAUGCCACCAUUGGGGACUGCAAGAAGUUCAUUUAUGGUGGUUGUCAAGGCAAUGAAAAUAACUUUCUAUCUCGGCAGCAUUGUCGUGCUGCUUGUCCAGACGAGGUGACAUGCCCAGAGGACUCCGGCAGGACAUGUCUUGUGUCGGAGUCGCUGUGCAUCAACACCACAUGCAGUAAUCAUUCCGACUCGGUUUGCCGUGUCACCCCGUGUACCUGUGAUGUUCACUACUUCGACGAGCUGGGCAAACCAGUGAAGUGUGAGGAACUACCUGGACAGGCAACUACUGAUAUGAUUGCCAGCACUCCUGCCACCUCUACCUUCCCGAUGAUCACAGAUAGUUGUGAUGUUGAUGGGUGUGAUGAAGAUGAGAGUGAUCCCUGGCUGGUGUAUGUGGUGGUGGUGCUGCUGGUGUUGAUGUUGGGGGUGACUCUGGUGUUGUGCUGUAGGAGGCGAGGCAAGGGUAGCUUUUAUAUAAUCUUUGUACCAUCACCGUUGCGAGAAACCGGAGAUGUGACCACUUCCCCCACCUGUCUUGCCCCCUUCAGUCACACCCAAGAGAAGUUUACAGAGUCUAGUUUAGUUGUAUGAUCUUUUUCCUUGUGCUUAGGCCUUUUAAUAUACUGUGUUGUGGUUGGUGCUUAAAAGAAACUUUAUAAGCAUCCUGAUGCGGUCAUGGAGGCCCAAAAAACACAAUGGUCUCUUCUAGUGUUCUGAAGUUUUAAGAACUGGGCAUUUUCAUUAUUGUUUGGAGAUUUUAUCAGUCUUUAGGCUUUUUAAAGAUGCUCAGAUUUUAAAUAGUAAAAAUGUUCAAUUAUUUUUUAAUUAUCUCGGAUUUUAAUAAAACAUUUUAAAGUUCUCUG